AGGUUUCUUCGUCCUUCUUCGUCAUUACUCUCCUUCUCCUCCUCAUCUCCUAAGAUAUCUCUUUCCCGGUCUCUCGCUGUCUCUAACUAACUCCCUUCGUCUUAUCCAUUCAAGAAGAGAACUAUGUCGCAUGGCAAAGUGCUCCUUAGCCAGCUGCCAAGGCAGAUCACACCUCUCAGCGACGAAGAGAUCGACAUCAUUGUGAAGCAUCUUGAAGCCUCAUCUCGAAUGAAUUCUAGGAAACUUUCUUAUCGGUCUAAAGAUCUCAAUAUAGGAAAGAAGAUUGAGCUUCCGGCUCCGGUUCAGAGGAUAGCAGAUAUCCGGCUUGGGGACCCAGAUUUCCACGCGGCUUGCGAGCACUUCGACCCCGAUCUUUAAAAGGCCGCGUUCCAAUUCAUCAAAUCUGACAGUCGUAUUGAGGUCGGCCUCACGAGGACUCAAGCAUAGAUCGAGAUUGAGGGUAUCGGACGCAAAUUCUACCAUUUUCAGUUGUACGGAGCCUUUCAUCUACUGUGCCAUGAACGUGGACCACGCCGUGGGAUGAUGCUAGCGGAUAUGAUGGGACUUGGCAAGACAACCACCGCCUGUCUCUACAUGUUGUUUAACUAUUUCGUUUCUCGAAAAUCGCCACCAUAUUGAACAACACCCUGAGAUGCAUUGCCGCCAGAGCUCUAGUGACUACGUGCAACCGCAAGACGCAUUGUGUCCGUCGCAUUCCAAGUCGCCUAUCGCAUACUACUACCAGGAACAUUCGGUCACAAGAAGAAUGCGGCUCGAACCUCUUCCCGGUGCCAGUCUCGUCCUGGUUCCAGCAAGCCUUUUGGGCAAUUGGCACUCCGAGUGGAAAGAGCUCAAGGUGUCCACAACCACGAGUGUGCGACUGCGUAUCCAACACCAUGAUUUCGAAGACCUGAUGCUGACGGAAGAGGAAAUGUCGAGUCUCCUUGUCCCAGCGCAAGAGAAUCUCGAUCAUCCAGAAAGAUCAAGACCAAUUCCAUCUACAAUCUCGGCGGAGGCGUUGAUCGUGGUGACGUCAGUCCAGUCAUACAAGACCCGGUUGCAGAUAUGGUACGACAGGCGGAGCAAGACCGGAAAGUCAUACUCGGGCGAUCCGCACUGGGGCCGCAUCCUCCGAGACGAGUCUCAUGUCACUCCGAACUAUGCAGCGCAGUUUUAUCAGAUCGUCAAGUCACAUAUGUCAGGUCGCCGGGAGCCACCAAGCGUUGUUAUCAUCACAGCCACGCCGGCGCUUCGCAAUGGCGUCUGUGACAUGCUAGGGAGCGUCAAGACCAUCAACCUGGUCAGUCCAGAAAUUUCCCGGCAUCCCGAGUGCAGACAUUUCGCCGAUCCUACUCUGCUCGACAGUCUCGGCGAGCGAUAUCGUCAACUACGUGAAUCAGAGAAGCAAUCGGGUGCGUACCUAGACGAGGACAAAGAAGAGGUCAUUGGUACGGUGCGCGCUCUUUGGGCCGCCUACUGCUUACGGCGCCGGGUCGAGACACGACAAAACGGCAAGCUACUGACCGAUAUCCCUCCACUGGAGUGCUACGACGUACAAUGUCCCACCCGCCGGGUCAGCGCUUCUCACUAGACGACGUUCAGCCAUUCCUCAAGUCAGACAUCAAACCAGAGGACAUCCAAUUGCAUCCUCAUGGCACGCCCACCAUGAGCCUGCAGCAGCUCCUUGACAAUGCCUAUCAAUCCAACGUGCUGGCUACGGUUCCAGGCCUAGUCCUCCUCAAAUGUUGGCGAGAUUUGACGUUUGACAGCAUCGUGCAAAAGGGAUGGCAUCUCGAACCAGAGAAGUCACCUGUCUACCACCUGAUGCCGGAGAUAGUGGCCACCAACGGCAAGCUACAGGUGUUGAAGGAUAUACUUCGCCGCUUUGGAAGUGAGACAGACCGCUGUCGCGUCUAUCGCCUCAUCGCCCCAGAGUCGGUCUUGGAGCAAAGUAUUAUCGACGACCAGAAACUGCAGCUGGAGCACGCGUGGAUGUCGGAGUACGAUUUGGACGGCGCCACUGCAAAGAACGGGUUAGAGUCCCGCGAACGUCAGCAAGAUCUAAGUAGACGGCUUGAGAUGUUCGUGUUUGGUGAUGCGGAGGAAGAGGCCUUGGGAACAUGAAACGAUGUACAAGUCUGAGAAGCUUUCACCAUGUUUCUUCAUUAUGUGAGGUAUGCUAUUAGUAGAAGGUCAAUU